CGCUUUCUUACCAUAUGGUAUUAAAUAAGAGCAUACUAUAUGAUAUUGACUAGUAAAAAAUGACUCAAUUUUUUUUUUGUUCUAAAAAUAUAUCAAAAUGGGUAUCAUUUUAAAGAGUACAAUUAACCUGAUUUAUCUGUGAAAAGAAUUUAAAUUCCAACUUAAAAUGAAAAAGAAAUCGUCUCGCAAAAUAAGAUAAAAGGAUUUUCAUGAGGAAGAUAUGCUCUUAUUCUGAUUUAUCAGCUCCCGUUCUUAGUUCUUACCUACUGAUCGAGAGAGGAACUGAUGGGACAUGACUUAUAGUGGCAUCUUGCUUCUCCGGCGUCGACGACGAGAAGAGAUUGGCGGAUGAAGUAUGUACGGGAGGGAAGAAAGAAGCUGAUGAUAAUGGAGGCGAGAAGCUUAUAAUUUGGCCAGCUCAUACAUUGUUUAAUCAAUAGGAAAGGGGAGCUAUUCAUUGUUGGGUUUCUGAGAGAACCCUAGAAAAACAAUAUCUUUUGCUAUCCAGCCACAACUGCGAAUGGAGUGCUCACGGGUCUCAUGGGCAAAGGGAAUGGGAGAGUGUAAAUAUGAUUGAGGAAGGGUAACUAGGGAAAAGCCAACUUAAGAGUGGUGCUCGGUCGCUCAAACUCUGUCUUCGAUCAAAUGUUAUUGGUGAUUGCUAGGGUUUCAGUCUUCCAGUAGCUUUGGGGGAAUUGAUCUGACGCCGGAGGAUGAAGAAAGCUUCUAAUAGUAAUCCGGCCGCCGGGUUCGGCGACUUGCCCAGAGAAAUCUUGCUUCAAAUCCUCGUCAGUCUUCCCGUGAUUUCCAUCCUCAGAUGCACCGCCGUAUCCAAGGUAUGGAAUUCGCUGAUCAGAAGCUCUGAAUUCGUAUCCCAUCACCGCUCUUCCUUCACCCUCUCCAGUUCCAAUCCCGACCGCCGCCCUUCCCUCCUCCUACGCCGACUCACCGCUGCUUCUUCCGAACAUUUCACUCUCCAUUCGGAUCCGGAGCGUUUCGCUGCUUCUUCCGUCGCCAUCUCGUCCCCGUUCAAGCCUCGAUCUGGCAUUCCCGGUUGCAUUCAUGUUUUCGGGUCGCUACACGGAUUAAUUUGCCUCUGCGACAACUUUCAUAUGUAUGCUUACACCAUCUACAUUUGGAAUCCGUCGGUUAGGCGGUUCAUCGACGUCCCAAGUCCGACGCUCACUUUCAGAGAAAUGGGCGAGCUUGCUGGUCCCAAUUCCGCCCCUGCCGUGUUGGGAUUCGGGUACGAUUCAAAUGCAGAUGACUAUAAAGUGGUCAGAAUCGCCUACCCUCGAACUGCUGGGGCACCACGGCGAGCAGAAGUUUACGCUCUGAAAGAGCGUCAAUGGAGGGAAGUUCCCAUUGAAGUGUUGCAGUCUUGUGAUGGUGAUAUCCUUUGGUCUCAGUGUUUUGUAGAUGGGAUUAUAUAUUGGCCAGCUAAAGUGGGAUUGAGAAAGAACUUUCUUUUGGCUUUCGAUGUGAAUGAUGAGAGUUUCAGUAGAAUCGAGUUGCCCAAGGAACUGCCAGGAGCAGGUGAAUCAAGACUCAUUUCCAUUUCAGAGACCAAGGUCACAGGUUUGCUUACAGUCCUGUAUUAUACUGCCACUUCUUGUGAGAUAUUGGUAAAGCGAGGGUGCAGUUGUGCGGACAAUAGUUGGGCAAGAUUCUGUAGUGUAAGCAUAGUUGAUCCAACCCGAGAACUUGUUAUAGGGUUGUGGCAGGAUAAGGAGGUUUUGUUGCAGAAGGGAAGCGAGGAGGAUUUGGUUGGGAGACCGAGGUCGGGGCAAGAAGUUGUUUUGUGUUCAUAUGAUCACAAAACCCGACAAGUUGAGCUUCUUGGGAUGCCAGGCGCUGGAUACCUAGAUGUAUUCUAUGCUGCGGAUUAUACAGAGAGCAUAGUUUUACUGGAACCAGAAGUCUGUGCAGUUUCUUAUAGAGACCCUGAAGUGGAACCCAUAGCAAGGUCAGUGAACUUUGAUCUGGAGGAUGCGCAUUUCAAAUGGUGUGCGGAGCAACGUCGGUAGUGUGACAAAGCAUGCUGAGAAGCUUAGACUAUUGUACUUGUAGUAGCUUUAGUCUCGAAAUUCUUAUUUGUAGCACUUCUUCACUUCUAGCGCCCCUGCAUACUUGUUAUUGUUGUUCAAUGGCCAGCCGUGCAUAUUGAUGUGAUGUUUCCGUUUUGUGGAGCCUAUCUGAAUGAGGGGCUCUUGCUCCUCUGUCCACGUUCUUGUUUUGGGUAAGGAUGUUUAGGGUUUCAGUAAUGUUGAGUUUUAUGCAAUGAGUAAUUUGGAGCUGAUCAUUAUACUUUAUUGUUGAUUCAGGUAAGUGAACAUUGAUAUGAAAGGUGCACAUUUGAGAUGAUCCAGUGAGCGAUUUGGAGCUGCCAGGUUGAUAAUGCGUAUGUUUUGCCCGACUUUUAGAAGUGUUUUCGGCUUUAAAAGCUGAAGCAGGGUCAAAUACCUCUAAAAGCUCGGCUUUUGAAAAACCGAAAAGCGCUUUUGUAUAACUUAAAAGCAGAAGCUCCGAUUUGCAGUUUUUGUGAAAAACUGUUUUGAAAAUACAAGAUUAACCUUACCUUUUUUAAUUAUAGUUCAAAAAAUAAAUUUUCUUUCAUUUAUAUCAUUUUAAAAAUAAAAAAAAUAUUAUUUAAUAUAAAAAAAAUCUAAUAAGAUCCACUUUGACUACUUUUUAUUGUUUAGAAUUUUUAUUUGUAGUUUAUAUUAUAAGUCUUUUAUAGUUAUUUUACACAAUUUCUUAUAUUAAAAGCACUUCUAAUAGUUUUUCAUUCAAACACUCAACUGUUUUUUUUUUAAGUACUUCUCUAAAAGCUCCAUCAGAAACGGCUUCCGCAAACUGUUUGUGCUACAUGGCCUAUUGUUUAUGCUAAAAAGCUGCUUCUGAAUGGACUACAAAUCCCAAAAAGCAGUUGUUACUCAGCCUCCUGUAGUAAGCUAACUGAAGGAGCAAGGAAUGGAAUGUAAUUCACAAUCAAAAUGGGCUACAAACCCCAAAAGUUGUUAGUCAAACAAAAACAGCUACAUAAUAUCUCUCUCGUUCCCUGCAACUAAUAAAAAUGGUUCUCGGUACAUAUCAAAGCGAUCAUCUUUACCAAGUUCAAAGUGUAAUCAACCUAAAAAAAUCAAAUGCUGCAAGAUGAAGAACAAUAUGAAAUUGAAACCUAACCUUCUGAAACAAAUUCUCCAAAAGAAAGAGAUAGUUUAGGCUUUUGAUUUGGAGUAGGGAGAAAGCUGAAAAGCCGUCGGGAAGGUCAUAGAUAUUUUGCACGUAGCUUCCUAGCAAGUAAGAGGCCCAUUCUAUUAAGUGGGCCAGAUAUGACUCAACAUCCAAUAGCUGACGUGGCAGGGAAAAUUAUCUUUAUGUGCCUGCCGUUAGUAUUAUUGACGGAAAUGAUGACGUUGCAACUACUAUUCGAUUUAAAUGGUUUAGGUGCAACAAAUCAUACUUAGGUGGUCACCGUGCAACAAAUGGUAAACUUAAGUGGCAACUGGUGCAAUUAACCUCUUUUUGCAGGCUACAGCAACAUGUAGCUCCUUCUGCCUCGAAAUUCCGGUUUUUCCCCCUUUAUAUACCGGGUAAAGGAGAGGAAAUCGAACUCUUGACCCUGAUAUUUUCUUUUGGUAAACACUAAGGGUCGUUGGAUGAAUUAACGAGGAGUCAAAUCUUUCAUGCAUAUUUUUAUACUAGCUGAAAUCUAUCGAAUUAAUAAUAAUUAACUAAAUGUUAACUAUUAGGGGUCGUUUGGAGAACGGGAUUUAGGGCGUGGAUUCAUUGAAUCCGUAGAUUUUGUAAAAAAUUAUGUUUUUUUGUUGCUUUUUGUAUUGUGGAUUUUGGUUUUAGUGAUUUCAAAUCUCUAAAUUCUACGGAUAUCAAAUCUCUCAUAAUCAAAGAGAUUUUAUAUCUUGAUUCGUGAGAUUUUUUUCUCCUUCUUUUAUUUAUUUAUCAUAUUAAAUAUAUUUAUUAACAAAGUUUUUAAUAUUUUCUCGAACCACUCUAAUUUUUUUAUUAAGGAUAAACAUAUUAUUUAAUAUAAAAUUAAAUUUUUUAAUUGUAUUGAAUGUUAACAAUCACAGUUACCAAAAAAUAAACAUUUUAAAAUCUAUUUUCAAAAAUCCGAAGAGUUAGAAUCUUUAGAUUGUUGACAAUCUAUAGAUUUAAACUCAUAUUCUCCAAACGACCCCUCAGUUAGCAAGUUUGUUAGUAAUAUUGACUUGGCAACAUGAUAAUGAUUUGGAAGAGACUCGUGGAGGUUGACAGUCCAAAAAAUUUAGUAUUUUAACUAAGAAAAGAAUUACAAAAUUAUUAACGAUAGUGUAAAAAUGGGUAAUAUUUUGAUGCAUUACAGAAGAUUUGACUAAUUAUUAAUAAGUCAAUAGGUUUGACUAAUAAAAAAAACGAGAGAAAGGUUUGGUUAAUAUUUAGUGUUUACCCUUUUCUUUUCUCCAUUCCACAACUUUGUAAGCCUUUACGGGUCCUCGAGCAGCUGGUAAACCGCUCGUGUAGUUAGAGGUGGCAAAUGGAGUAGUGUAUCCACGGAUCAAGUGGAUUGAAUCAAAUGGAAUGGUGGACUCAUGGAUUGGAUCAUAUGGAUUGGUGGAUUGAUCUAUAGAUCCAAAUGACAUUCAAAGCAUUGGACCAAUAUAUAAAUUUUGAAAAC